AUGGCGCAGCAAGAAGGCGAUAAUGUUAUGCGGAGGAAGCUGGUGAUUAUUGGAGAUGGCGCGUGUGGAAAGACUAGUUUACUGAGUGUCUUCACACUUGGCUACUUUCCAACGCAUUAUGUACCAACGGUAUUCGAAAACUACGUGACGGACUGUCGAGUCGAUGGCCGUUCAGUGCAAUUGGCUCUUUGGGAUACUGCUGGUCAAGAAGACUACGAGCGAUUGCGGCCAUUGGCGUAUUCCAAAGCGCACGUUCUCCUAAUCGGAUUCUCCGUGGACACUCCUGAUUCGCUAGAGAAUGUAAAACAUAAGUGGAUCGAAGAAGCGAAUGAACGGUGCCCCGGCGUCCCCAUCAUCCUCGUUGGCCUGAAGAAAGAUCUCCGAGAAGACCCAAUGGCGGUCGAAGAGAUGCGCAAAAAGUCACUCAAAUUCGUCACAGCUAAAGAGGGCAACGAGACUGGCACCCAAAUCGGAGCUCGCAAGUAUCUCGAAUGUUCCUCCUUGACUGGCGAAGGCGUUGAUGACGUGUUCGAAGCUGCCACCAGAGCUGCGCUCUUAACCUUCGAUAAGCGGAAAGGCUCCUGCUGCGUGGUGCUAUAA